AAGGCUACACGGGCGGCGGUAGCAGCGGCAGCAGCCACGACGCCUCGAGGAGGCAGUUCUCGGCGAGUCCCUCGGUGGGCGGCGGUUACGGAUAUGGCGGCGGCAGCGGGAGCGGCAGCGGCAGUGGCAUGGGAGGGCCGACACAUCUAGGUGCGCCGGCUGGGCUGGGCCAGUACCGCGCUGCGACGCCGAACAAGAGGGGCCAAUACAGCGACGCGGUGCUCAACGAGCUCGAGAGCCAGAAUGACGCGCAGGUCGAGGGCAUUCUAGGCAAAGUCAAGAUCCUCAAGGAUAUGACGGUAGCAAUCGGCGACGAGAUCCGCGACUCGUCCGCCUUUGCCGAGAAGAUGAACGACACCUUCGACUCGACGCGGUUACGCCUGCGGGGCACGAUGAACCGCAUGAUGAUCAUGGCUGAGCGCACGGGCGUCGGCUGGAAGGCGUGGCUCGGCUUCUUCGCCGCCGUGGUGCUCAUCUUCAUGUACGUCUGGCUGUUUUGAAGCCUGGGAAGGGGUUGGGCUGGGCUGGGCUGGACGCAACAGGUUUGGGUAAUUAUGAUUGGGAAGUGAGCGAAAGGACAAAGGGUCAUGUUAACUGGGCUGGGAGGCGGCAGGGAUGUGAAGAUAAAAUAAGGUUUCAAAGCGAGCAUAUGCCUUUAUUGCGGAUUGCCGUGUUUGUGUUGUGCAACUGGGCAACAGUAUUUCUCCAUAUGCCAAAGGGUGCCCGUGCAAUGCUAUAGCUCAGCAGAUCUGGGGUUGCGAAUCUAACGUGGAACUGAGCUGCCCGCGACUUUAGGCUGCCAAACGCCGGAUGCCAGUCCAGAGGAACCAGUAGAUGUAC